AUGGCGGAGGUGGAAGAGAUCCUCCUGCAGCUUCAGAAGGACAACAGGGAUGGCCGGCUACGGAAGCAGGAGCUGGAGGAGCUCAUGAGGAUCUUGGAGACCGAGAGCGACAGCCUCGUCCUGACCCUGAGGAGUUUAAGGGAGAGAGAGCGCAGCCUCCAGAGGAGGCUGAACCAGGCAGCCGGGGCCCUCCGAGGGGAAGCCGAGGACGUGGUCAAGACCCGGGCAGCCCACACCCUGGAGCUCAUCGCCGUCGCCACAGAGCAGAAACUUAUCCUGGAGAGGAGCAACCAGUUACUUCAGGAAGAAUGGGAAGAACUCUCCAGCCAGCAGCUUUUCUACUACGGAGGGGAACAGCAGUGCCAGCGGAGGCAGCACCGGCGCCUGCAGGCGGAGCUUCUGGGCCUCCAGAAGCAGCUGGAGCUCAUGGAAUCCAAGUCCGCACUGCAGGCCGAGGGGAUCCUGAAGGGCGUCCUGCAGAAGGAGGAAGCCUGGGCCAGCUUCCAGGAGCAGAGCGGGGUCCUCCAGGAGCUCCAGACCAAGGUGAUGGAAGUGGCCUCCAUGCUGGACCUGCCCCGGGAGGGGGCGGAGCCGAAGCCCGGCCAGUUUUCCUCCUUGACCACAGCUCCGGGCUCCCUCAUGGAGGAGGUGGCUGAAGCCAGCUUUGAAAACAGGCUGAGCUGCACCGGGCAUCUGUCCAGGCUCAGGCUCGUGGCCGUCCUCGGGCUCCGGCUGCUGCUCCCGCUGUGGGUCCUGGGCAUCCCCCUGUUCUAUCUGAACCUCAUCAACCCCAACGCCAUCAGAGACGCCCUCCCUCGCCUGUGCUCCCAGGGCACCUUCCGGCGCCUGCGCUACACCCUGUCGCCGCUGCUCGAGCUCCAGACCAACAGCUUGCUGCCCACUUAGGCCUGGCCCGGGGCAGCUGGCCCGCUCCCAGCUCCUCCUCCCGACUUAGCCCUCAUUCCUUCUCUUCUCUCUUGACUCCCAGCCUCCUCCGCUCCGCUCCCCUUCUCCGCAUCCCCUUCCCAUCAGCCCUUUCUGCCCCUCCCUCUCCUUCCGCUUUCUGCCCCGGUUUGACCCCCGGCUCUUCAUUCUGUCCCUGGGGCCAGCCAUUCCAUCUCCACAGAUCUCUUCAGCCUCAGGUCCUCACUCUCUCCCUGUUCCUGGCUCUGACUGAUUUUAGGGACAGGGGUGACCCCAUGGAUUAUAUAUGUCCCUGUAUUGACCGUGAAUUAAUGGAUCUGGGCUCAAAUUAGA